AUGUGCGACUCACCAGAAAAUCACCAGGCUCGUCUGCGAAGUUUGGAAGAGUUGACGGAGUUCACCGAGAACUGCCAGAGACAACUGAAUGAGCUGUUCGAGACGCUGGGAUGGAGACAUGACCAGGAUAACGGCCCAGUUCAGGAGCCGAUGGAGAUGUGCCCCUAUGACCCGAACCACAGAGUGCCAAGCAGGAGCAUGGAGAGACACAAAGCCACCUGCCAACUCAGCCAGAUUGGAUACUCCCAUGAGGAACAGGCUGAGAUGUAUGACCCCUCUCUGUGUUAUGAGAAUGCCAGCAUUACCAGCUUCACAAUGGGUGAAUACUCCACAGACCCUACAGAAGUUCCUCAGAACCAGAACCAGAAGCGAGCUAUCUGUGACCUUACUGUGGCAGACAGAUUGGCUCUUUUUGAUCACGUGACAAGGGAGGGCAUCAAACAGAAGGAUCAAGCUGUUGCAACCAACAACGAGGACCUUUAUGUUGAUUUGGUGGCCAAGCUCAAAAAGGGUAACGAUCAGAACGAGCACAAGUCUCACCUGGAGCUGAUGGCUGAGAUGAGGGACUACAAGAGACGGCGGCAGUCUUACAGAGCCAAGAACGUCCAUAACACCAAGAAGUCCUACACUGAGGUGAUUCGGGAUGUGAUUAAUGUCCACUCUGUUGAACUGUCCAGUCAGUGGAAAGAGGAGGAGAGGAAGGAAGAGGUUAGAGAGUCCAAACAUGGCCCUCACAGGAGAAGUUCUGAGGACAGGCGGUCUGCCUCCAUAGAGUCCCGCCAAUCUCACGCCAGCUCCAGGGAUGGACACGUCUCCCACCACAAACGCCACCGCAGUGAAGAGCGCAGAAAAGACCCCAGCCCAGAGCAGGGCCAGGGGUGCAGCCGAGAGAAGGAGGGAUUCCUGCUCGCCGGAUGA